AUGUCCUUAAUUCACGACUCAAAAGAACUCCAUAUCAUCUUCCAAAUCCAUGCAUUCCUUCUAAAAACUUCCUUACAAUCCGACAACUUCAUCAUCACCAAGCUGCUUCGGAACUUCUCUUUGAAUUCUUCAAACAAUUUGCUUUAUGCCAGAUCCCUUUUUGACGAAAUGCAAUGUCCAGACACAUUUCUUUGGAACACCAUGAUCAGAGCUUACUUAAAUUCCCAAAACCACGACGAAUGUCUGUCUUUAUUUCACCAGUUGCGUCGCCAAGAUCACCUCUUUAUAGACAGUUUCAGCCUCUCUCUUGUGGUUCAAGCGUGUGGGAGGUCGGGUUUUCUUCAAAACGGUCAAACGAUACAUACCCAGGUAUUGAAACUUGGUUUUGGGAAUGAUCUCUUUGUCCAGACGGGUCUCACUGAAAUGUACGUGAAAUUCGGGUGGAUAGAAUAUGCGAGGAAGGUGUUUAGUGAAAUGAAAGAUCCAGACUUGGUUUCGUAUAAUGUAAUGCUAGCUGAGUAUGUAAGGAUUGGGGAAAUAAGUUUAGCACGCCAACUGUUUGAUAAAAUGUCUCAAAGAGACUUGGUUUCAUGGAACAUCAUGAUCCAUGGUUAUGCCUCACUUCCCCAUGGAGAUAAAGAUUUGGUUUCUUGGAGCAAGCAGUCUCACGAGGCUUUGAAUCUCUUCCAUGAUAUGCAAUUAGCUAACUUUUUACCUGAUAAAAUCACAAUUGUGAGUGUCUUAUCUGCAUGUGGAGAUUUAUGUGCUUUAACUACAGGCAUGAAAGUUCACAAGUACAUAAUUCAAAACCGAAUCGAAAUAGACAUAAAGCUUGCAACUUCCCUCGUCAACAUGUAUGCAAAAUGUGGAGAUAUAAACACCGCAUUGAAAGUUUUCAAUGACAUAAAAAAGAAAGAUGUUUUCUUAUGGAGUGCUAUGAUCAUGGGGCUUUCAAACCAUGGGUAUGGUGAUCUUGCACUCGAUCAUUUCAACAAUAUGAUAAAUGAAGGAGUUAAACCAAAUGGUGUCACCUUUAUAGGUGUUUUAAGUGCUUGUAGUCAUAUUGGUUUAGUGGAUAAAGGGUGGGAAUACUUUAACUCCAUGAGUUAUGUAUAUGGAUUAACACGAGAAAUGGAACAUUAUGGUUGCAUGGUUGAUAUUUUGAGUCGUGCAGGACAUUUAGAUAAAGCCAAAGAUUUAAUCAUGAAUAUGCCUUUUGAACCGGAUGUGGUGGUUUGGAGAGGGCUUCUUGGGGGAUGUAAGAUUCAUAAAAAUGUUGAAAUAGGUGAAGAAGUUAAUAGGAAAAUAAUGGUAUUAGAAGGUUAUGAUGAUGGAAAUUAUGUGUUGUUAUCGGAUAUAUAUUGUGAAGGUAAGAGGUGGGAGGAAGCUGUAAACGUUAGGAAGAAGAUGGAAGACGUUAGAAUACAAAAGUCUUCUGGAAUGAGUUCAAUCGAGGUUGAUAUCACACCCAAUCAAGAUCUAGAUCUGACAGACAUACUGUAUCAAAAUUCAUAA